CCGAGUACAUGCCUUCACAGAGGUUGGAACGUGCUGAAAGAUGGUGUCUCAAUUUUCAGCUCUUUCUGAAAACGUCUGGAACCACGCUCAUUAGUCCGACAGACGUUAAUAUUCUGAAAAAACAAGAUGUAGCAGCGCCGGCGAGUGAGGCGGAGCAGGCAUGGCUUGGUCGCCUCGAGCCGACAGAUAAGGAAAGACCGGCUGCGACAACAGGAGGAAGGCUUCUCAUCUCCGACCGGGUACUGUUUUGAAAGGGUUCCCGGGGUUUCCCGGCUCCUUAUUCCGCGACUCCGUGCGUCUUUUUGCCGCAGGGGCCGGGAACUGCUCCCUGAUGGCUGAGGUGAAGGUGAAAGUGCAGCCGCCCGACACGGAUCCGGUAGAAAUAGAAAACAGGAUUAUAGAAUUAUGUCACCAAUUCCCUCAUGGAAUCACAGACCAAGUAAUUCAGAAUGAAAUGCCUCAUAUAGAAGCCCAGCAACGGGCAAUGGCUAUUAAUAGACUCUUGUCCAUGGGUCAAUUGGAUCUCUUAAGGAGCAAUACGGGUCUUCUGUAUAGAAUUAAGGACUCGCAGAAUGCUGGUAAAAUGAAGGGAUCAGAUAACCAAGAAAAACUAGUAUAUCAAAUCAUAGAAGAUGCAGGAAAUAAAGGAAUAUGGAGCAGAGAUAUCCGAUACAAAAGUAACUUGCCACUAACAGAAAUCAACAAAAUUCUAAAAAAUUUGGAAAGUAAAAAGCUUAUCAAAGCUGUUAAGUCUGUGGCGGCCUCAAAAAAGAAGGUGUAUAUGCUCUAUAACCUGCAGCCAGACCGGUCUGUGACUGGUGGGGCUUGGUACAGUGACCAAGAUUUUGAAUCCGAAUUUGUAGAGGUGCUUAACCAACAGUGUUUUAAAUUCCUACAAACCAAGGCAGAAACAGCACGGGAGAGCAAACAGAAUCCGAUGAUACAAAGAAAUAGCUCAUUUGCUUCAUCACAUGAAGUGUGGAAAUAUAUCUGUGAAUUGGGGAUCAGUAAGGUAGAGUUGUCCAUGGAGGACAUCGAAACCAUCUUGAAUACACUCAUUUAUGAUGGGAAAGUGGAGAUGACUAUCAUCGCUGCCAAAGAAGGCACAGUUGGCAGUGUAGAUGGACACAUGAAACUGUACAGAGCAGUUAAUCCAAUCAUACUACCUACAGGCUUGGUCCGAGCCCCCUGUGGACUCUGCCCGGUUUUUGAUGACUGCCAUGAAGGGGGUGAGAUUUCACCAUCUAACUGUAUUUACAUGACGGAGUGGCUUGAAUUUUAGUAGAGAACUGUAGACUCUACUGACAUUUUGCCAACAAAGUUACUUUGGGAACAAAUGAUUUAAUUAAUGAUGGAACAUCAAUGUCCCUGGAAAGCAAACUUCAAAAUAAUGGAUACAGACUUGCUGCUAUGAAAAGAUGUUUUUAUUUAUGAAGACUAAAUUUAUAUUGGUAGAAUUACCAACAGAAUAUGAAACAGAUAAGGUUAAUAAUGGAAUCUCUUCAUUCUUCAAAAAAUAAAAUAUUUUGAAGCCAUGGAGAACUGCAUCUUUUGAAAUUUUCAAGACUUUGUGAGAUGGUUCAAGAAAAAAGAAGCCCAAAACCCGUAUUUACCAAGAAGUAUGAUAAUGGCUAGAAUUUAAAAAUGCCCAUUUUAAAGUUAUUUAUAAUGUCUUCAUUGGCUAUAUUUUACAUCUGGUCUGCUGCCAUCAUUUCUGCCAUCUGUUUAUACAGUGAUUACAUGGAGAAGAAAGUAAAAGUGGUGGAAGCAGGAAAUACAAGGGCAGUAUAGAAACUUAAUCAAUGAUUAAUUCCUUUUUAUGUCAAAAAUAUUCUUUCAGAGGAUUAUACCACCUGACUUCAAACACAAAUGAUGACUACUACCAAGGAUACAAUGCUUUCAGCAUAUAAAUAUUAUCAUUCUCAUUCUAAAGGGAUUACUUCCACUGUUCCAUCCUCUAUAAAAUGUCCUAAGUUUCACUCUGUGGUUCAGUUACAUUGCUUGCUGGAAUUUUCCCCCUAAAUUAUUUAAUAUUUAAUCAUUUAACUAAAAUUAAAACUAAAAGUAAUCUGUUACCCUUCACUCACACUCUGUUUUGGAGGAUACCAUUCUUUUCUUGUCAUGUGAAUUUUCAAUUAAUGUUUCCUUCCCUCAUUCUGUUCUAAAAACUUCAUUGUCUAAUAUGUUUAAGUUGAAUGUAAAUUUAGAAAGUCAUCAUAAUUGUCCUUAGUUGUAGUAGCACUUUCAAUUCCAGUCUUCAGCCAUAUAGAAAAUGCUAAAUUAUUUGAUGUUGCACAGAAAUUAGUUGUAAGGCUGUUUAUGAUUUCAGCUGUACUGUCAUUUGUAACUCCACUUAAAGGUUUCUGUGUCCAGGCCAAAAGCCUGGAACCAACAGAAAAGGAUUCAUUCUCAGCUACUAAGUCCUGGGUUCUAACACCAGUUUGGAGACACCCUUAGUGGACAACAUCAUAAAGGCUGUUUUGAGAUCAAUGGGAUCAGUUAAAACAAACUCAGCUCGGUAACCAAUUUUUAGGAACCAAAUGAAUUCUGUGACCAGCUCUUUAGAAUUAGUGUUUGAUGACACUAGCUCUUUGAAACAAAGAUCAUUUCAAGUGUCAGAUUUAUAUAAGAUACAGAAGAAUCUGGGAGCCUCAAACUAUAGAGAGAGGUUUCUCUUCCACCCCCCAUGGGAGAUGGAAUGGUAAGAACAAUGUCUGUCCUUCCUCUAUGUGACCUGGCCCAUCCUAGAGCCAUUAGUUUUAUUUAUUAAGAAAACUGGACUUGGAGGAGAGUUAGAAGUAGAGAGAAGGAACUAGUUUAUGUUUUAAAUAAAGACUUUGCAACAUGUCUUGAUAACCAGAGAUUCAUUUUUAAAGUUUACAAUCAAUGGCUAAAGCAUAAAAGUACUCCUUGCCUCACCAGAAUAGAGACCCUUCUAACUUUUUUCCCCAUAGCAUGUUUUUCAUCCUGAAUAUUAACUGAUGGGAAAAGAAACAGUAAUUUAAGAAUACAGAACCUCUGAUGAAUAGGUGUUUAUCCUACAGGAGCAAAGUGUGACCAAAAGAAAUUGGUCAAUUUAUUUAAACUAAAAAAUAAAGUUGAGUGAAAUCCUAA